UUAUUAAUCCAGUUUCAUUUUGAAGGAAGAAGAUGAGACGCAGAUCUGGUAAGAACAGCUAGCAUGAUCAUGUCAUUCGGAACUUGCACUAGUAAGACAAUUGGUUCAAACAUGCCAAUUUCUAGUCUUUCAACAUAUCUCAUAUAUAUAUUAUCUUGAAUUUAGAUGUACAGCUAGCUAGUUAGGUGGAAGAAAUGAACAAGAAGUGCAUGUAGAACACACACCAUGCAUGUAACAACUCACACUCUAAAUGCACUCUCAGCUUAUUUAGUCAUCUUUCUAACCCUAGAUUUUCUAUCCAAAACAGCACAUCAUGGCCUCCCUGUACUCUGAGCCUCCUACCAUUGCAAUUACUUCACUAGUUUUGCUUCUUCUCAUUUCCCUUCCACCCACAAUCCUCUCACAAAAUCCCCCCAUCCCCACUGACCCAACAGUAACUGAUUGCACUCCAAGGCUGCUACCACUGGCCCCAUGUGCCCCAUUUGUUCAAGGCAUCGCUCAGACACCAGUUCAACCUUGCUGUGACAACCUCAACCAACUCUACCAGGAGCAGCCUGGUUGCAUUUGCCUCUUGCUCGAAGACACCAACUUGAGCUCUUUCCCAAUUAAUCGCACCUUAGCCCUGGAGCUGCCUGCUCUUUGCAACGUGCAAAUUAACAUUGCUGCCUGUUCAGGGACCCCUCAGGUCCUCUCUAGUCCACCUGCUUCUCAAGUUUACCCGGGAGCACCCUCCAAUUCUUCUGUUGGGAGACACACCGACUAUUCUUUUGCUGCUUCUCCUGUGGUUGAAGGGGAGCCAAGAUCCUCCAUCAUGGGAAUCGGAUUUCAUCGGAGUACUGGUGUUAAGUUGGAGGCAGAAGGUUCCUUGAUGCUUCUGGUGACUCUGGCAGUCGUUUCUUUAUCAAAAAGCAUUUCGUUGGGUCUAGGUUAAUAAUAAGCAUGUUGUGUUUAUCCUAUAUUGGUAUUCUUAGUCUUAGUAUUUGGGAUAAUACAGUGCUGGUUUUAAACAGUUGUUUCCUAUGGAUGAUUGCACCUGUAUUAGAAAGGUUAACCAGUUUGGAGUGUAAAAGGUAAGUGCUUGAACGGCAUUUUUUAACCUCCA